AUGGCGCCCCCCGGACGCCGGAGAAACAGUCUCUCCCCGGCAACCAUGCUGCUCGGCCUCCUCUUCCUCUUCUCCUCGACCGCCUCGGCCGCAUCAGCUGUGCUGGGCGUCGACCUGGGCACCGAGUACAUCAAGGCUGCCCUCGUCAAGCCCGGCGUUCCCCUUGAGAUUGUCCUCACCAAGGACUCGCGACGAAAGGAGACGUCUGCCGUCGCAUUCAAGCCCUCCAAAAGCGGUGCCCUCCCCCAAGGUUCUUUUCCCGAGCGCUUCUACGGCGCCGACGCCAUGGCCCUCCAGGCUCGCUUCCCCGGCGACAUAUACCCCAACCUGAAGCACCUCUUGGGUGUCUCGAGCGACAGCGAUGCGGUCAAGGUCUACAGCGGAAGAUAUCCAGCGCUCCACAUCACGCCCACCGAAGGACGCAAGACGGUCAGCUUCGAGAGCAGCAUCUUCUCCGCUGAGGAGGAGAAGAGCUUUUCGGUCGAGGAAGUGCUGGCCAUGGUCCUCAAGAAUGUGCGCGAGAAUGCAAAGGUACUGGCUGGUACCGGCUACGACGUCCAAGAUGUCGUCUUCACGGUUCCUCCCUUCUACACGGUGGAGGAGAGGCGCGCGCUCGAGGUCUCGGCGAAGCUCGCAGGCUUCAAAGUCCUCAGCAUUGUCAGCGAUGGCGUGGCUGUCGGUCUCAACUACGCGACCGGCAGGACGUUUCCCACCGUCAACGGCAAGGAGCCAGGCAAGCCCGAGAUCAACCUCGUCUUCGACAUGGGUGCUGGAUCUGCGUCUGCGACAGUUCUGCAGUUCCAGGGCAAGUCUGUCAAGGAUGUUGGCAAGCGCAACAAGACUGUUCAGGAAGUGAACGUCCUUGGAACUAGCUGGGACAGGACACUUGGAGGCGAUGCGUUGAACUCGCUUAUUGUUGACGACAUGGUCAACACCUUCCUCGACCUGCCCGCGGCGAAGAGCGCCUCCAUCACGGCUGAGAAAGUCAACACCCACGGACGAACCGCCGCGAAGCUUUUCAAGGAGGCUGAGAGGAUCCGUCAAGUUCUCAGCGCCAACCAGGCCACCCAAGCUUUCUUUGAAGGUCUCUUUGAGGACCUCGAUCUCAAGUACAAGCUCGACCGCCCCAAGUUCGAGCAGCUUACAGCCGACGUUGCUGCCCGUAUUGAUGGUCCCAUCCAUAAGGCUUUGGAGGCUGCUGGUCUGACUGUCGAAGAUGUCGAUUCUAUUAUUAUUCACGGCGGUGCUACACGCACACCCUUUGUGCAAGCUCGCCUGGAGGCUGUUGCUGGUAAGGACAAGAUUAGGGCCAAUGUCAACUCCGACGAGGCCGCCGUUUUUGGCGCAGCCUUCAAGGCUGCCGGGUUGAGCCCCUCGUUCCGUGUCAAGGAAAUCCGCGACUCCGAUACCCAGGGCUAUAGCCAUGGCAUCGAGUACAAGCACAACCUCAAGACCUAUGACAAGAAUAUCUUCACUCCAAGCACCAAGCUCGGCGCAACCAAGGACCUGCCUUUUAACAUGAUGGGCGAGUUCGAGUUAACCGUCUACCAGUCCGUCCCUCGCGUCAGUGGCAAGGACACCAAAGAGCCUACCCUUUUGUUCAAGAGCCUCAACUUGACCAGCACUGUCACCAAGCUGAUCGACACCGAUGGCUGCGACCGCGACUCUUUCAACAACUAUGUUCAGGUCAGGCUGAGCCCUGUCACCGGUACUCCAGAAGUCACAUCUGCUUGGGUCACUUGCGAAGCCACUGAUGAGAGCAAAGGUGGCAUUGUGGACGGCGUCAAGAACCUGUUCGGUAUGGGCGGUAAGAAGGACCAGGAGGCACUAAAGGAGGACGAGAGCACUUCUGAGUCUGCUUCUGCUUCCAAGCCUUCGUCUUCAUCCAAGUCUUCGAAGGGAUCCAAGUCCUCUUCCGCUGCGGCAGCUGAGGCCUCGGACGACGGAAAGCCUAAGAAGAAGAUAGUAAAGUCUGCAAUCACCUACGACGUUAGGCAGCUUGGUUAUGAAAAGCAUGCCCGUAAGGACUUCAAGAAGAUGCAAGAUAGACUUGCCGCUUUCGAUGCUUCUGACAGGGCUCGUCGCGUCCGUGAGGAAGUCCUCAACUCGCUCGAAGCCUUCACUUACCGUGCUCGCGACUACUUCGACGAUACUGAUUUCGUUGCCGUAUGCACCGAAGCGACUCGCACUGAGCUCAAGACAAAGCUCAACGAUGCUUCCGACUGGGUCCACUCCGAGGGCCCCAACGCUGACGAGAAGACUCUUCGCGCCAAGCUCAAAGAGCUUGAGGACAUUGUCAACCCCGUCCUUCGUCGUAGGCGCGAGUCCUGGAAGCGCCCCCGCGCCGUCACCGACCUCGAGGAGACUAUCGGUGGUAUGAAGGAAGUCCUUGAACUCAUCAACAACCAGAUUGCCGAGCAGGUCACGUACAGCUCUAAGAGCGCCGAAGCAGCAUCCAAGUCUUCUGCUUCGCCUUCGCCAUCCCCCUCGGUCGACCCACUCGAUGAUCUCGAGGAAGGUGACCUGGAAGCCGCCCCCUCUGCGUCUGCGACCCCCGAGAUCGAAGAAGUUCCAACCAUCUACACCGAGGAAGACCGCAUGAAGAUCGAGGAGGCGACAGCCAAGGCAAAGAAGUGGCUCGAGGAGACCCAGGCCAAGCAGAACAAGCUUCAGGGCCACGAUGAGCCCGUCCUCACCGUCGACGAGCUCAAGAGCCAGAAGAAGCAACUCGAUGAUGUCGUCAGGGAGAUGAUGAUGAAGAAGAUGAAGCACUUCAAGCCUCCUAAGCCCAAGGCGACACCCAAGCCCAAGGCAAAGAAACCCUCUAAGGCUAAGAAGAGUAGCACUGCCUCCGAGAAGCCAACAGAAACCCCCAUCGUUAAGGCGGAUGAGGCCGAGGCUGAGCAACCAGACGCACAAGCUCUGGCUGACCGCCAGCGUGAAGAGAUUGAGAACGAAGGCCCAAAGGUCGAUUCGUUUGGUAGCGGCGGCCCAACGGAGCAAGCGCUGAGGGAGGCGCUGGAGAAGGCAGGCGUCAAGUGGGAUCCGGAGAAGUACAAGAACUACGUCGGAAACAAGGACAAACACGACGAGCUGUAA